AUGGACAUGACUGUCACAGCCUGGGAGACUGAACUCACACCAACCGAUGAAAGUGAUCAACAGUUUACAGACAACAUAAUCCUGGAAGUACUGACAGUCAUCGUGGCCCUGGUGGGGCUGGCAGGGAACGCGGUGGUGCUCUGGCUCCUGGGCUUCCGCAUGCGCAGGAACGCCUUCUCAGUCUACAUCCUCAACCUGGCGGGGGCCGACUUUCUCUAUCUCUGCUACCAAUUUAUAACUAGCCUAGUUUCGCUUUUCGAAGUCGAUUUUUUCCUUGGAGUAAUGAACAACUCUCUCUUGCCAGUGUCAUUAUUUGCCUACAUUUCAGGCCUGAGCUUUCUCAGCGCCAUCAGCACGGAGCGCUGCAUGUCUGUCCUGUGGCCCAUCUGGUACCGCUGCCGCCGCCCCAGAAAACUAUCUACCAUCAUAUGUGCCCUGCUCUGGGCCCUGUCCCUGCUGCUGAGCAUGCUGGAAGGGUACUACUGUGGAUUCCUGGUUAAGAAUGAGCAUGAAGUUUGGUGUCCAGUGUUAGAUUUUAUCACUGUGGUGUGGCUGAUUUUGUUAUUUGUGCUGCUCUCUGGGUCUACCCUGGCCCUGAUGACCAGACUGCUGUGUGGCUCCCACCGGGUGCCACCCACCAGGCUCUAUGUAACCAUCUUGCUCACAGUGCUGGUCUUCCUCCUCUGCUGCCUGCCCUUUGGCAUCCACUGGUUCCUCUUUUACUGGCUUGAAAAUAAUGUUGAUGCCUUCCUUUAUGUUGACGAAUUUCUAGUACCCCUGUGUUGUGUCAACAGCUGA